GAAUACUCUCCGAAACUCAAAAUCCAAGCCAAAAAGAAAUUCCUGAGACGAGUUCGGCACAAUCCAUUACUCUCUCUCUCUCUCUCCCUCCCUCCUCUAUGUCGAUGUAGAGUCUAUCUUUCCUCAGUCGAAUGGCGUGCCGAAUUAACUCACCGAUACGAACUCCUCUUAAUUCGCCAUGUUUUCCGGCGGUGCAUUCCCGCCAAAAUGCAUGUGUAUACAAUAAUAACAUUCUCCUUCACUCUCCUUCCACUUUCCAUUCACCAAAGGUUUCUUGCUCUAACAGAAGGAGAGGUGCCCUUCUUGUCGUGAAAUCUCAGACGGCGACGGAAAAGAGACCGGUUUCUGACGAUAGAAUGCUGGUCUUUGUUCCGCCGCACCCGUUGAUAAAGCACUGGAUUUCAGUCCUCAGAAAUGAACAGACUCCUUGCCCCAUUUUCAAGAAUGCUAUGGGAGAGCUGGGGAGGUUACUUAUAUAUGAAGCAUCAAGAGAUUGGUUGCCUACUGUCACUGGAGAGAUUCAGUCGCCAAUGGGUGUUGCUUCUGUUGAAUUUAUUGAUCCAAGGGAGCCUGUGACGAUUGUUCCCAUACUAAGAGCUGGCCUUGCUCUUGUGGAGCAUGCAUCGUCAGUCCUGCCAGCAACAAAGACCUAUCAUCUAGGCAUUAGCAGAAACGAAGAAACACUUCAGCCAUCUAUAUAUCUGAACAAGUUGCCUGACAAAAUUCCUGAAGGAUCUCGUGUUCUUGUUGUAGAUCCAAUGCUGGCAACAGGUGGCACAAUAGUUGCAGCAAUUGACUUGUUGAAGGAGCGAGGAGUGGACAACAAGCAAAUAAAAGUGAUAUCUGCUGUAGCUGCUCCCCCAGCUCUUCAGAAGCUAAGUGAGAAAUUCCCCGGGCUUCAUGUGUAUACUGGCAUAAUUGACCCCACUGUGAAUGAUAAGGGGUUCAUAAUCCCUGGAUUAGGGGAUGCAGGAGAUCGUAGCUUUGGUACAUGAAUGCAAGUAUUCUCUGCUCUGGUGAUUUGUCCUACUUUUCAGUUAUCACAGUUUUGACAUUUUGAAUGACUCAUGGUGUGAUGACCUUGUAUUUUUUUUUUUAAUUAGAUGCUUAAUUUGCUAUUUAUGUUACUAGUAGAGCUUCAUUAGCCUACACGCUUUAUAGAUUUACCCAGAAAGCAUGUUCACUGUGAUAUUGUACAAAUACUGGGUUCACAAGUAACAAGAGAAAAUGCCACACAAGCAUCCGGGCUUCUUUUUCUAAUUACAAUUAGAAGCCCGUCUGCAUGGUUCUGCAAUUAGUGAUGUUUGAUCCAA